UAGGAAGCAAGAAUCGACUGCAGAGAUAAAGGAUAAAGAAUAGCACUGUCAGUUGAAAGUGCUGAGACUGGAGGCUGCAUAGGCUCAGUGCCAGCGUGAGGAGGUUCACCCAAAUACGUGGAGGCUUAAGGGGAAGGAGAAUGUCAUAAAUCUGCAAACAAGGGAAAGGACAGUCAGCAUCAACAUGAAAAACACAUAUGAGAAUGUCAUUGCCUGCUCAAGGAUGGAGACAAUGAUUCUGAGUAUCAGCAUGUGUAGAUUCUAUACAAACACAAGGUGGAUGAGAAAAACAAAGCAACUCGUGAUUUGACACAGCCAGACUUCUAAGUGGAACUUGAAGUUAACAACCAUCUCUACUUCGGCAUCAUCAAUGUAUUCCAGGUUACCAUUGUUAAUUCAGGAUGCUAAGAACAUACAUGAAAACCAAAUAAGAGAACAAAAUAAUUGAAUCACAGACAUCUCAUCAGCACUUCGAGGAGAUGAACCUCUGCUGGAACGAGAUCAAGAAGAAAUCUCAAAAUAUCAGGGCUCGGUUGGAAGCGCUCUCAGAUCACAGUGGAAAGCUGCAGCUGUCCUUGCAGGAGAUCAUUGACUGGCUGACUGUGAAAGACGAAGAGUUGUCGGAGCAGCUACCCUUCACAGGUGACAUCAGUGCAGUGCAGCGAUACAAUGAAUUCCACUCGACUUUCAUGGAAGAUGUAAAGACUAAAGGACCAUUCAUAUUGGCAACGUUGGAGUCAGCUCAAGCAUUUCUAUCCCAGCAUCCUCUUGAAGAGACAGAGGAAUCAACACCAGAUAAAGAUAUGUCACCAAAGCAAAGAAUCCAGAACUUGAGUCGAUUCAUUUGGAAGCAGGCUAAUGUCUCAAGUGAAAUGUGGGAAAAACUGAGUGCUCGUUGCAUUGACCGGCACAGGCACAUCGAGAGAACAAUGGAGAGACUUCUGGAGCUCCAGAAUGCCAUGGAAGGCCUUAGUCUUGCAUUGGAUCAGGGGGAGGCUGUUCGAGAUUCCUGGGAACCUGUGGGAGAUCUCUUCAUUGACUCAUUACAGGAGCAUAUCGAUGCAACUAAGGUAUUCAAAGAUGAACUGGGAGCUGUAAAAGAUGGCAUGAAAAUUGCUAAUGAUCUGGCUCACCAACUUGCAAUUUCAGAUGUCCACCUUUCCACAGAAAAUGCUCACCGUCUAGAGGAAGUGACGUCAAGAUGGAAGAUCUUGCAGACAUCCAUAGAAGAACGCCUUAAGCAGCUUCAAGAUGCGCACCAUGACUUUGGCCCAGGUUCCCAACAUUUUUUAUCCACUUCUGUCCAGAUUCCCUGGGAGAGGGCCAUCUCACCAAACAAAGUACCAUACUACAUCAAUCACCAGGGACAGACCACAUGCUGGGAUCACCCAAAGAUGACUGAAUUGUACCUGUCACUGGCUGCUCUGAAUAACAUCAAAUUCUCAGCUUAUAGGACUGCCAUGAAGCUGAGGCGUGUGCAGAAGGCACUUCGCUUGGACCUGUUAAGCAUAAACAGUGCCUCGGAUAUCUUCAGUCAAUACAAACUCCAGCAGAGCAACCAGACAAUCGAGGUUCUGGAAAUUAUCCAGUGCCUCACCGCGAUGUACGAUCACCUCGAGCACGAGCGUGGGAUCAUUGUAAACGUGCCUCUUUCUGUGGACAUGUGUCUGAACUGGCUCCUCAAUGUUUACGACACUAGUCGCAAUGGCAAGAUUCGAGCAUUGUCCUUCAAAACCGGAAUUAUCACGUUGUGCAAUGCAGAAGUGGAAGAGAAGUAUCAAUACUUGUACAAGCAAGUGAGCAGCUCAACCAACCUGUGUGAUCAGCGGCACCUCAGCCUUCUCCUACACGAAGCCAUUCAGAUCCCCCGCCAGCUUGGGGAAGUAGCAGCAUUUGGAGGAAGCAAUGUGGAGCCCAGUGUCAGGAGCUGCUUCCGGUUUGUAAAUGAGGAACCAGUAAUUGAGGUCACGCAUUUCCUGGAGUGGACGCGACUGGAACCCCAGUCAAUGGUCUGGCUGCCAGUCUUGCAUCGUUUAGUAACUGCUGAAGCUGCAAAACACCAAGCCAAAUGCCACAUCUGCAAACAAUGCCCAAUCAAAGGCUUCAGGUACCGAAGUCUGAAGCAGUUUAAUGUUGAUAUCUGCCAAACGUGUUUCUUGACAGGAAGGGCAAGCAAGGGUCACAAACUGCACUAUCCCAUCAUGGAGUACUGUGCUCCUACUACAUCAGGAGAGAAUGUGCGAGACUUUGCAAAAACAUUGAAAAACAAGUUCAGAACCAAACAGUACUUCAGUAAACAUCCACAGAGAGGUUACCUACCAGUCCAAUCAGUGAUGGAGGGUGACAACAUUGACACACCUGCCAUGUCUCCAAUGUUGCCACACGCAGAUACACACUCCAGGAUCGAACACUAUGCCAAUAGGCUUGCAGAAAUGGAAAGUAAAAACUGUUCAUUCUUCAGCGGUAGCCUCUCACCUGAUGAAAGUGUAGAUGAUGAGCAGUUGGUCGUUCAGUAUUUCAGUCCUGAGACAGAUCAAGACUCUCCUCAAAAUCCAUCUCACAAUCCAAACCAGCUCUUGGGUGCGCUGGACACUGAAGGGAAGACGGAACUUGAAGCCAUUAUCGGACAUCUGGAAAAUGAGAAUAGGAUCUUGCAGGAGGAAUACAGGCGAUUGAAAUGGCAGCAUGAAGAGGCAGCAAUAUCCUCCUCUGUACAAGAGAGAUCGGCCAGCUCCCCUCUCAGCCCUCGGGACACAGAGCUUCUUGCUGAGGCAAGGUUACUCCGACACCACAAAUCGCGGCUGGAGACCAGGAUGCAGAUCUUGGAAGAUCACAACAAACAGCUGGAAUCUCAACUCCGGAGACUCCGGGAGUUAUUACUGCAGCCCCAAGAGUCUGAGGGAAAUGGAUCACCCACCUCUUCUACUUCCUCAGUUUCCCGACACUCUGAUACCAAUCAAGAAAAACUCGAAAGGAACAGCUCAGAAUCUGAGAAAGCAGGUGGAAACGACUGUCAAGUUAUUUCCCAAGACAUGGUGCUGCAUCUGGAGGAUGUAAUGGAGCAGCUUAGGAACUCAUUUCCUUCCCCCAAAGGUGAAUCCUCCAAUCACGUGAAGAGAACACACAAAUGAUGGAAGACAUCUGAAUGAAUCAGUCUGAAGAAGGGUCUCGACCCAAAACGUCACCCAUUCCUUCUCUCCAGAGAUGCUGCCAGUCCGGCAUUUUGUGUCUAUCUUUGAAUUAAUCCCUUUGCUGGAACCAGCUCGCCAUCACUGGAGCUCAAGUGUAAAAGCAUAACCCAGCACAGGAUAUAACCAUUUGGGUCCUGCUGGUUCUGGAAGAGAUACAAAGGUCUUGGAUUUAGUAGGAUCUCAAUUAUUCAGUGAACUCCUAGUUUUGUGAGUCCAGUAAUCAACAACCAGAACAUCCAACUCUGAGACGACCAAAACAAAGAAACUCACUUUGUCUUUUAUUUCUUGAGUCACCAAAAAGCCACUUACAGUCCUAAUAUAAACAUGAUUUUAUAGUAGAAAUUGUUCACCGAAAAAUAUUUCGGCAGUACAAGUGAGAAUUAAUGAAUGGGAAAUAUUUUGUGGAAAUAUGAGGAGCAGGAGGAUUUAGGGGUAUCUGAGGGGUUUUCUUAUUCAAGGAACCAUCAACUAGCUAAGGUAGAAUCUAAAUCAAGAGCAGGUUCGAUAAAGGAUGCUGAAAAACACUUUGGAUAAAAUGUCAAGACUUUUCAUUCAUCAGAUUAAAACCAUCUUUAUGAAGUUGUGAUUUAUAAAAAAAGUAUACAUUCUGUGGUAAGAUCUCAUCACCAUUGGGGGAAAUAGAAAAAAGAACAUAAGCUGUACUUUCAACACCUGAAAAUGUACUUAGUAAUAUAUUGCAUUGUCCUAGUAAAUUCAUUGAUGAGUUUAGUUGGAAACAGGAAAUUUAUAUUUCUUUGCACCUUGUCAUUAAAAAAAAGUUUUGGUCUUAGUAUUCAGGGAUUAAAGAGUUCUUACGUUUUGACAGGUAGAAUGUGUCUUUGGGAUGCAAGAAUAGGAAAGAUUUAUAAGGUGCAUUUGUGAGUAAUGUGAGAAGUGAAAAUCCAAGGCAUCUUUCUACUAGGUAGAAUUUUCCCUUUGGAUUCUAUAACUCUGAAUAUUGAAAGUUGUCUUUUGAAAAGAAGGUAUGGUGUGAUCUUGAUAUUGCUUGCCCCAUUAUAUCAUGGUUUUGGAAAUACAUAUCAUAUUGGAAGAGUUGGCUUUAAGUGUUAAAAAACUGAAGAUUAAUGUGCCUGGACAUGUUGUGAAAUUGAAGUUUAGAGGGGAUAUUGUAUGUAACAGAUUAGAAAGUGAUUUCUAGAAUCUUGUGAAAGCGAGCACCUAAGUAAUGUGUUUGAACUUUUGAAGAACUAAUAAAAUCAUGAGGGGUAUAGAAAGUGUGAAUGCACAGAUUUUUUUAAUCCCAGGGCAGUGGAAUCAUGAACUAGGGAGAUGAGAGGAAAAAUACCUCAGAGGAACCUGAGGGGCAAGUUUUUCACAGGUUACUAUAAGCAGCCAGAGGAGGUGGUUGAGUCAGGUACAAUAACAACAUUUAAUGAUAUGAUAUCUUUGGUGGAUUUGAAAUACUCUGAAAAACAGAAAGCUAAAGGAUAUAUUGGUAUAUUUUAAAACAAUAUUGAAAGAUUAUGACUGAUUAUCAGAAGGCCCAAUGCUAUGAGGCUUAUAAUAAAAUGUGCUAGAGUACGUUGUGAGAUGGAAGGUGGAAAGUGUUUGGAUGCGGCAGGAUGGAAGUUUACAGGAUAUUUAUAUAACUGUAGUACUGAAGAUUAGGUAUUUUUUAGCCAAAGUUUAAAGGAUGUGAGAUAGAGUAGAAGGUGCUUUGAGGUUGCAAUUUAAAGGAUUGUAUGUUCUUUAUACAUUUUUUUCAAAUAUUAAAAGGUAUUUUGGGGUACUACAAGACAGAAGAUUUGAAAUUGCCUUUGAGGUGAUAAUGUGUCUUUCAGGUAUUUCUAGAUAUUGAAGUGCAUUUUCCUCAGAACACUUAUUGAUAUGGUUGUGAAAUUCAAUAUUAUGAAUUUUAGUGAUAUUGGCAAAGAGAAUGUAAAGAUAACUGUUUGAAGUUAGCUCCAAAAGAUAAAAAAUUAUUGGAUAUCUUUGAACAUUGUAUAUGAAAUUUUGUCUUGUACUGUUGGGAAUGGUCAAUGCCUUAUGAUUUAUUGAUCAUAUUGAUAUAACCAACAACUCUCAUUUGUUGAAGGCUUUUCUUGAUAAUACAUACAAUUGUGUGUCCUAAAAGCCUGCAAUUGUUUUCUAGUACAGGCCUCAAGUAAAACACAUAAACAAUGAGUACACAAUAAUAAUUUUAAAAGUAACUACAAUCUGUUGAAUGUAUCAAGCCUAGUGUAUUUUCCUUGGUACAUGUUAGACAUAGUACCAUUUUUACUCUGAAAAUGUGAAAAGGGAUAGAAAAAACUCUUCUUAUGUCCAAUUUGGGUUGCCUUUUCCACGUCUUUUCAGGAAUCUGUAGAAGAAUGCAAGAAUGCAAAUAACAAAAACAUGUGACUAAGAACAUUUCCAAAGGUGUGUGGUUGAGAUUCCACUGCAGAGUGUAUCAAUGAAUUUACAUUAGGUGCAAUAUUGCCUGCCUUAGAUGUGGAAAUCACAAUGUCAAGAAUGUGACUCUUCAUGUAUUUCCACGAAUAUGAGGAAUCAAAUAUUGUGACAAUUUCCCUUCUUUCCUUUUCAAUUGUAAUUAUUUGUGCUGAACAAACAUUGAAUGUGUUUUCUUGCGUUGUGAAAUGACCAAAUAUAUCAUAUUCAGCUCAGCAGAUUUAUGGCAAAUUUAUGGAGAAAACAUUUAGAAAGGAAAUUACUCGAUGCUGCAUAACAAGCUUCAGCGCUCAUGAAUAAAGAUUUUCCUUUAAAGUAUGAAAGAUUUCACACAUUGCCCACCUUGAAGAGAGAAAGGAUUUUUGAGAGAAGUAGUUUGUGAAAAUCUCUACUGGGUGCUAAUUCAACAUAUAAUGGUCUAUUGAUGUCAAUUGCAUUGAAUUUCAGAACAGUGUAUAGCUGCUUAUAUAUUAAGCAUUUACCACAAGAGACUGGGAUUGUAUUUCUCUUCAAAGAACUUGUAAACUUGCUGGUAUCAAAGCUUUAUUUCUAUAAAACAAAUAGCCAUAAUCUUCAGAUCAUGUAAAUCUGAUUACCCUGGCAAAGCAGACAGACCUUUACCUUUCCUUUCUGAGCUGAUGUGGCAGUGUAGAGAUGUUUAUUUUAAUAUGUUUUGUUUCACGUUAUUUGAAUGAAAUUCAAGAGACCUUUAAGAAACAACUUCAGAUCUCAACUGAUUCAUGUUACAUCCAACCCAACAAUGAUUAUGAACCAUGUUGAGGGAAUUUUAGUGUUUGUCCAAUCUGUUCCAUCCAUGUUUGAGAUUGGUGUUGUCUGAUGGUUAAAAGCACAAAGUCCUUCUGAUCCCAACAGUCACUUUCCUUCACACAAUUUAAGUUGAAUUGAGGAGGGAUAUAAGUACACAUCCAGUCAACAAGUAACCCAAACAUUAGCCAGUUAUAGGCAGAUUGCUACGUGUUGGAGAUAUAGGAAUUCCUAAGCUUACAGAAGAAUGAUAACAACCCUCCAGCUCUGAGCAAGAUAUGACACAAUACCACCCAAGAGAUGAAUGAAUACCAAAAAAACAUUUGCCACUGGUUAUAAUAUUUUUUUUAAUUCACCACAGGUGAAUAGAGACACAAAAUGCUGGAGUAAGUCAGGCAGCAUCUCUGGAGAAAAUGGAUAGGUAAUGUUUCAAAUCGGGACCCUAUUUCAGACUGAAUCGGUCGCUUCAGUUACUCCAGCAUUUUGUGUCUAUCUUUGGUCUUAACCAACAUCUGCAGUUCCUUUUUAUUACAUUUUCACAGAUGAAGUUGGGAGACGCUAAUCUACCAUAAAAUGCUUCACGGUGCUUCAUUAAGCUCAGAAUCUAACACCAGCACCGAAAGUGAUAAAUGCACUGAACUUUCAACAGAGGGACAUUAAAAAGCAGUUGGAUUUGAACAGUAAUAUUUCCAGUUUAAAUCAUUCCAGGAACAUUCAUUUCGACUAUUCAUUAAUGUUCAUGCUUGUAAUCAAUCUGAUUCCUAACUUGGAAUAUUUGCCCAUUGAUUAAUAUUAGUGGCCUAAAUGUGGUGAAGAGUAUCACCUGCUGGUGAUGUAUGUAGAGAGCACGUUCGCAUGGAAACAUAAGAAACUGCAGAUGUUGCAAUCCUGAGCAAAAGACAAAGUGUUGCAGAGACUCAGUGGGUCAGGCAGCAUGUGAUGAAGGAAUGGACAGAUGAUGUUUCCGGUCGGGACAUUUCUUCAGACUGCUGAAAGAGUCCCGUCCCGAAACAUCUUCUGUCCAUUCCCUCCACAGAUGCUGCCUGACCCACUGAGUAACUCCAGCACUUUGUUUUUAAGCAUGUAUGCAUGCAACCUCUGGAAUAAACAGAGGAUUGUGAGUUUUCCACAGUUUCCUAAUGUCCACCCUGACUGUAAACUAUUUAUUUGUAGGCAUUAAUUCUUUUUUUAAUAAUUAUUUCUUAUUCAGCAAUUUCAAGCGUGGUGCCAAUUCUUAUGAGGGGGAGGGGGUAAAAUCUCAGAAUAAGUAAGAGGAAGUAUCCAUCAGUGUUCUCUAGCGCUAACCUAAACACAGCUUGGGGCCUUUGGUGGAGGUCCUAUAAUCACCCUGUGAACAAUGAGUUGCCAUGGUGACGCUGUGUGUUUUUACCUCAUAUAAGAUGGCUGCCUUCCAGAGCAUAGGGUCGGGUGAAGUGAGUGUCCAAUCUCCUGUGCCAUAUGCUUUCCUUUCAGCUUUUUGUGAGAAAGUCUAGACAUGUUAAAUAUUCAGGUAUUCAUGGCAAACAGUGAAUCACACAAUCACCUUUUGAGAGCCUUGUUCACCUGCCUUCUGCCACUCCAGGGUACAGAAGCCCUUAGUGAGUGGGAGUUGAUGAACCCUAACCCUCUCCUCUUUCAUCAAUGACUUUGCUUGAGCUGGAUGGAGACCCUCUUCUCACAAGCGCAAAAUCGACUAAAAUGUUAUCCCACCCUUUUACCACAAUCCAUCUGAAUUUCCAUCUGAACCGCAGAAGAUAGUGGGUUGAAACUCAGUCCUGCCUGGAUGAUGAUAUAAAGGGCAUCAAAUCAUGCAACAACAUGUCCAAGAGUUGGUCCCCCCAGCAGUGAAUAUUGCUGCAUAAAAUCUCUUCCUAUUUGUGUUGUAUGUAUACCACAUAUUGCCCUCCACUACUUUAUUUUUUGUACUUUAAAUUAAAUUAGAUUCGGCAGUCCUCUCUGUCCAGAAUUUAGCAGUGUUGUUGGUAACUCUCAUUUGGAAUUUCCAAGAGUGGGUUCUGCUAGUAAGCCACCACAACCCACAAUUUGGAUAGAAAAUUUGUUUUGUCCAUUUUCUGCUCAUAUUGGUACUGUCAAAGGUUCCUACUAGUCAAUGCAAAGGCUCAUACCUGCAGUUGAUGCAGGCACAAACCACCUCUGCUCUUUAUCCAUUUUCUUCCAAAUUUUGCUUGUCUAUGAUUCCUUCCUUAACAUUUUUACCUUCUCCCAUAUCACAGUCUUCUUCCAGGAUUUGUGUUCGUUCAGUUUUGGUCUUUUUUUUAAUCGUCCAUUUGGUAAUUUUCUCAAAUUAAAUCUGGACGACAGAUACAAUUUGCUGUCUGUUUAUUUUUAAGGCUAAUAAUAUCCCUCAUUUAUCUUCAUUAUUAAUAAGUAUUUUUCAGAAUUCAAACCAUGAUUUCAAAAUUAACACAGCUCUAUCUGACUCAUGUCCAAAAAUGGACAGGGAUAGAAGAAGAUUUGUCAUCUGCUGGUGCUUGCAUUGGUCAAAAUUUAACAUGAAUAAUAAUGAACAUGCCUUAUUUUCAUUUAGUUCUAAUAGCCUUUGCCUGCCUCUGGGGCCAAUUGGGGCCUUUAUAUGUAUGGAGGGAAAUGUGGGAAAAGAAAUCUAAGAAUGGAAACUGUCUUUUGUAUUAUUACCUUUUUUUAAAUUAAUCAACUUAAUGUACAGCUUUUAAAAAAGUAUAUAAAUAAAUCUUUUUUUUCCAAUGCAUUA